AUGAACCUUGCCAUAGUUUUGAUAUCAGGUAGUCCCACAUUCAAUCAGCAAAGAAGUAACAGACCUGUUAUAAGAUGGAGACCACCUACAGAUACUUGGAAUUGGACAUCAACACCCAGGAACGAGGAGCCUUUUUUUACACCGUCCAAUUUUAAUCAUACCCUUCCGCCGACAGCAAAUGAAACCGAAUUAUUAGCUCACAUGGCAACCCUUAAAAGAAAUUACUCCCGCCUCCUUUGGGACAGUGACAAGAGCACCAACUUACCUUUAUUCGUCGAAAAAGCCCUGAAGCUCCUGAAUUUAAAACAAGUUUAUUACGAAGUGGAACAUUCUGUCAUGUCCAGGGUAUCAUGCACAGCCUGUAAAGCCGGCGCUGGUCUUUUACAACAUUAUAUUAAACUCGGCAAGAGCAAGGAAGAAAUAAACAAGAUGAUUUACCAAUUCUGUGUUUCCCUUAACAUUCAGUCACCGCGUGUGUGUGAAGGUAUUACGAGAUUAUUUGGGAGCGAGGUCGUGUACGUUUUGAAACGGAUUACUAUAGGCCCUGAUGAGAUAUGCAGUUUUGUAAUUGGAGAUGCUUGCGGUGAUGUUUACAAUCCUUAUCACGAAUGGGAGGUUGCAUUCCCUCCUGUGCCUAAACCAUCUACUCCAUCUCUAGAAGCUCCUUUAUCGAAAGCGCCUACAUUUAAAGUUCUUCAAAUAUCUGACACUCAUUUCGACCCCUAUUAUGCAGAAGGUGCUAAUGCAGAGUGCAACGAACCUCUUUGCUGUAGGGCGUCCAGCGGACCGGCUAUGACCCCAGGCGGCGGUGCGGGACGCUGGGGAGACUACCGCAAGUGCGAUACACCCAAGCGAACCAUUGAUCACAUGUUAAAACACAUAGCUGACACGCAUCCCGACAUAGAUUACAUUUUAUGGACGGGUGAUCUGCCACCGCACGAUGUUUGGAAUCAAACAAAAGAGGAAAACUUAAAGGUCCUUCAAGAAACCGUUGCCCAAAUGUCAGAUAUGUUUCCGGGGGUACCGAUAUUUCCUGCGCUCGGAAACCAUGAAUCUUCACCAGUUAACAGUUUCCCGCCGCCUUACAUAUCGUCGUCGGAGUCUAACAUCGCGUGGCUGUACAACGAGUUGGACGCGCAAUGGCGUCGCUGGCUACCAGCCGGCGUCUCGCACACAGUGCGCCGCGGCGCCUUCUAUUCCGUGCUCGUUCGCCCCGGCUUCCGCAUAAUAUCGCUCAACAUGAACUACUGCAACAAUAAGAACUGGUGGUUAUUGCUGAACAGCACAGACCCAGCAACUGAACUGCAAUGGCUGAUUUACGAAUUGCAAUCAGCUGAAUUCAGUGGAGAGAAAGUGCACAUAAUUGGCCACAUACCGCCUGGACACUCGGAUUGCCUCAAAGUUUGGAGCCGGAAUUACUACGCCAUUAUCAACAGAUAUGAGUCAACGAUAACAGCCCAAUUUUUCGGUCACACGCACUUUGAUGAAUUCGAAGUAUUUUACGAUCCCAACGAUCUCGGUAGAGCCACAAGUAUAGCAUAUGUUGGACCGUCGGUGUCGCCAUAUUAUGAUUUAAAUUUAGGAUAUCGUAUUUAUUACGUAGACGGAGACCAUGAGGCUACAACGAGGCUUGUGGUGGACCACGAAACUUGGAUUAUGAAUUUAAAAGAUGCGAACCUCUUUGGAUACCCGAUCUGGUACAAACUAUACUCGGCACGGUCCGCGUAUCAAAUGCAAGCUUUGCGACCACAAGACUGGGAUAAAUUCAUAGACGAUAUGACUUCCAAAGAAGAUGUUUUUAAUUUAUAUUUCAAACAUUAUUGGAAGAACAGCCCUCGUCGAGGCUCUUGUGACGGCGAGUGCCGUAAGCGGUUGGUGUGUGACGCGCGAUCCGGUCGCUCUCACGACCGCCGCGCCCUCUGUGGCCAUAUUGAGGCGCGCAUUGACAGCACGGCACCUGCGCCGCAAACGUGGCGCGCUUGGCUUUACAACGGCCUUUCCGUCUCAAAUAUUCCUAGUGUACAGCAGGUG